CGAAGUUGUGUGUGCUUUUCCAGUAUGUAAUGGUUUGGUGAAAGGUUAUUGAAACAUGUGCAUAGGUUGUUUUGUAUGACUGAAAAGGGGCGUUUAAACUGGACUGUUUCUAGGGUUUGCUUGACAUUUACUGUGGCGGUAUUGAAGUAAACGUUUUGGGAGUCGCAACAUAUUUGUGGUCAGAUAUCCGACUGUGGACUUAUGAGGAUCUUACAGCACCACGUAAAAGGCUCAUGCUGACAGCUGUCAGCUGCUACCUUAACUGGAGGACACACUGGAAUGAAGCUGUCUCCUGAGGUUCUGUAAGUGUUUUAAGUGGAUGCAUCAGGAUGUACAGAUGCAAUCUGAGACCAUUGUUCCAGUGUGUAGAAAGGAUGUGUGCAGUCCUGAUCCAGUCGGGUAAAUUUCAACGUUUCGAGAGCCACAGCACUUGGUCAGCAGUGAUGUCAUCUUGCAGUAGAAGGAAGUUAUUAGUGGCUAAAAAGAAACAGUGGCUGCAUACAUCAGGUGCCAUUUAUGUGUCUCAGAAGGGCAAGCCUACUGAACUGUCAAGCGCACAGUUACAAAAGCAGGAUGACCAGUAUAAUCAAAGUGUACAAGGGCUGGGAUCUGAGGCCAGAAAGGAGGUUGAAGAGGAAGUGCUGCCCGAGGGCACCUUGCAGGGGAACCCUGCAUCUGCUGGUCCCAUAGAAACCGAUCCUUUACAAGACAAAUCAAUUGGUCUUUUCCAGAGGUUUAAGAAAACUUUUAAACAGUAUGGAAAAGUUAUGAUCCCGGUUCAUCUAGUGACAUCUUCUCUGUGGUUUGGCACAUUUUACUAUGCAGCAAUGAAAGGUGUGAAUGUGGUUCCAUUCCUAGAAUAUGUUGGACUUCCUGACAGCAUCGUAAAUAUUCUUAGAAAUUCUCAGAGUGGAAAUGCACUGACAGCGUAUGCCAUGUACAAGAUUGCCACUCCAGCCAGAUAUGCAGUCACUCUAGGAGGGACAUCUGUUACUGUCAAGUAUCUCCGGAAGCAGGGGUACAUGUCCACACCACCUCCAAUGAAGGACUACUUGCAAGACAAAAUGGAGGAAACCAAGGAACUGUUCACAGGAAAAAUGGAAGAAACCAAAGGCAUCAUUAGUGAAAAAAUGGAAGAAACAAAGGACAGAAUAUCAGAAAAACUUCAGGAAACCAAAGACCGUUUCCCUUUAGGGAAGAAGAAAUGAGGUUUCUAAUCUGUUGAAUAUAAAGAUUACAACCCACAAGUGCAUUGUGUAGGCUUAUUUUGCAAAUUGUUUACUAAAUGAAAUUACAUACACACCUAGAUUCAUCCUAUAAAUGUUCAGAGUAUAGUU